ACUUACAUACAUUCUAAUCGACUGGCAGAAUGGCCCUGCGCUCCUGUACUCGCUCGUCGGUCGCGCGCUCGUCGCGCAGCGGAGUCGCACGCCCCCGAUCUGCAUGUGUUGCUCGCGUGCUUCGGUCUAGCACCGAGCCUCACAUUCAGAUGGGAACUGCCAAGCUGCCUGGGGAUAUCAACCAGGCCGCCUUCGCCGAGUACAUGUACCAGUGGGCCGCUACCCUCACGCAGUCGGGAGCCAACUUCCCCUUCAUUCUGCCUGUGAAGGCCGACAAGUACGCGACGGGCUGGAAGAUUUCGCUGCUCAAGAAGAUGCCUGAGGGCAACUUCGACGCAGCCGGAGUCAUCCAGGGCACCGUGGAGGAGGUGUCGGGCGCGGGCCCGGUUUGCAUGAUUCGCUUUUUCGAGGGGCCAGCUGGCAUGGUCGACCGCAGGACCGCCGCGCCCAGCGACCCGCAGCAGCGCCUCAACAUCAUCAUUGAGUCGCUGCCGGACGUGGACACCAUCAUGAGCACUAUGCCGGUGGCGCUGCGCAACGGCGUCGCCAAGUGCCGCUAGGGCCGCGGCGUUGUGCAGGAGGAUAAGGGGAGCUUGUGGAGGGGGCUGGGCGCAUGACGUGAGCGACAGGCUACUGCAUGUUACGGUGAUUGGCUGAUUGUACAUAAAUUGAAAGGAUAUUCAGUGGUAAGUUCAGUAAGCCGAUGGGGCAGUGCUGGUUGCGGCGGGCGUGCAGCGCACGUUUGAUGCUGAGGUGGAUGCGGUGGGUAUGUUUUGUGUUUUACCAUAUCAUGCGGUUUUAUCGCCUGCGCCGCUUGUAAUGCACAUGGAAU